CUAUAAUUCUUUCUCGUUACCUCUUCAAUAUCGGUUUCGGUUUUUUAAAUGACCAAUACACGAGAUAUUGUUCUACUCAGCUAAAAAACACUUCCAAAUCACUUUCAGUUUCGUCAACCAAUCAUUGACUGCUUUUGAAGUUCCGCAUGUGUUCUCAGCCCACGUCAGUCAAUCUGCUUGAGUGUAUUGUUGUCCAUCGAGUUAAUUGCAUGAACAACUGCCUCAGGGGCGCAAAAAUUGAGAGAACUGAGAAUGCAAUGGAACGGAUUCAACAGUGACAUUUCAAAUUUUCACAGCGACAUGGCAGCAUUCGACGCCGAAGCGGUUUUCAAACAACAACAAGAAGCCUGUACAAAAUUCUUUCGCGACAACCUCCCCAAAGAUGUGCUUAAGCCAAUGCCAGAGGAAGAAAAGCCCGAGAAUACGAAGAGGUUCAAAGGUCCUGUCUAUGAUAUAACAGGAUUUGAUGCUGAAAACGUUGUCGCACUCCUCUCUGACAUUGUCAACGAUAAGGAACAAUUUAAGACUAACAAGACCUUUUACCUGCUGUUACGAAACAGCCAUGACUCAAAGCCGGAUGACGAGAUAGAGGAGCUCUUCAGACUCAAAGCAAGGCCUACCAAAAACCAACCUGGCAAUGGCAUCGUGUUUCUACGUCCGAGAAGAAAGAAGUUGUUUACUCAAGACGCAAGAAAGUACGAUGAGUUGGAAGGUGUCUUAAAGGCACAUUACAAGGACGACACAAAAACAUUCGCACAGGAUAUCAAGAACUUAUUUCAAAACAACUCAGUGGUUACUGACGAUUUUCCACAAGCAACCUUUGAAACCUACACGAUUUUGCUUUUUGAAAUUGCUCGACGUCUUGUUACGGUGGAAAAACCGAGUGAAAAGAAGGAAGAAUUUGACGUCCUUCCAAUUGGCAGCGCCAUCGCAAGAUUAGUAAAAUUGCUGGAUAAAGGAAAGUGCGGAUUUAAAGAUGUCUUUUUUCCAAAGGGAAAAUUCCAUCCUUUCACGGGAAAAGCCCAUGAAAGGAGGAAAGCAAUCCACAAGAUCAACGAGACCACAGGCACGGGAACUGAUCAUCUCAAAGAGCUUAAAGACAUGUUCCGCUCAAGUACAAAAGGGAUUCAUGAAGAAUUUACGAAACUGAAGUUGGAUGAGAAGAAAUAUCCGCCGAUGAAGAGUUCGAUCGAUGUAGAAAGUAAUUCAAUUGAAGAUUACUCGAGUGGCUCUGGGUGGACCCCUAGUACUGCGAAUAAGUAA